AUAUUAAUCCUUAUCGAUCGCCGAUCAGAAAAAUAUCUGCACUCUCCCUUUCCUCCCUUCUCUGGCGGGGUUUUUGAUAAUUGAUAAGUAAAAGCAGUUCACGAGUUCUCACCGUCUCUGCAACUCAUCUGUUUUUUCAGUUCGAAACCUAAAAAGAAAAAAAAAGGGGAAAAAAGCAAACCGGCGAAGUUGUUGAAGGUAAGUGAGCUUCACGGGCUUGACCUCUUCAUCAGUCUCUUUCUUCAACCAACAGGUUCUCGAUCGAUCGAGUGCAUCGGAUGAUCGAUCCCUUGCCACGUUUCAAAGCACUGUUUCCAUCGUGGUUAGGGUUUCCUAGCUGUUUCUUUUAGUUCGACAAUGUGAGCGAAGUUUCACCGGAGGAGAACUGAGAGUGAAGAUGGAUCGUUCGCAGAUCACCGUUGGUCCCGGCAUGGACAUGCCUAUAAUGCACGAUAGUGAUCGGUACGAACUCGUCAGAGAUAUUGGUUCGGGGAAUUUUGGCGUCGCGAGGUUAAUGAGGGAUAAGCAGACCAGAGAACUUGUCGCCGUAAAGUAUAUUGAGCGAGGCGAAAAGAUAGAUGAAAAUGUGCAAAGGGAGAUCAUUAACCACAGGUCACUUAGGCAUCCUAACAUUGUUAGGUUCAAAGAGGUCAUUUUAACACCGACCCAUCUGGCUAUUGUGAUGGAAUAUGCAUCUGGUGGAGAGCUGUUUGAGCGCAUAUGCAAUGCUGGCCGUUUCAGCGAGGAUGAGGCUCGCUUCUUUUUCCAGCAACUUAUUUCGGGAGUCAGCUAUUGUCACUCAAUGCAAGUAUGCCACCGAGACUUGAAGUUGGAAAACACGCUGUUGGAUGGAAGUCCAGCACCUCGCUUGAAGAUAUGUGAUUUUGGGUACUCCAAGUCAUCAGUUCUUCAUUCACAACCAAAAUCAACUGUUGGAACACCGGCAUAUAUUGCUCCUGAAGUAUUACUUAAGAAAGAGUAUGAUGGCAAGAUUGCAGAUGUGUGGUCAUGUGGAGUCACACUUUAUGUCAUGCUUGUGGGUGCAUACCCUUUUGAAGACCCUGAGGACCCCAAGAACUUCCGAAAGACAAUACAGCGAAUUUUGAGUGUUCAAUAUUCAAUCCCAGACUAUGUUCACAUUUCUCCCGAGUGUCGCCACCUGAUCUCAAGGAUUUUUGUUGCCAACCCAGGAACGAGAAUAACCAUUCCUGAGAUAAGGAACCAUGAAUGGUUUCUGAAGAACCUCCCUGCAGAUCUCAUGGAUGAGAAUACGAUGAACCAGUUUGAAGAGCCUGAUCAGCCCAUGCAAAGUAUUGAUGAAAUCAUGCAGAUCAUUACUGAAGCAACCAUACCUGCAGCUGGGACCGGUGGUCUGAACCAGUAUUUAACUGGCAGCUUGGACCUUGAUGAUGACAUGGAAGACCUGGAGACUGAUCCCGACCUUGAUGUUGAUAGCAGCGGGGAAAUAGUUUAUGCUAUGUAAUUGGGCAGUCUGUCUUGGGUGUGGCAUGGAUUGCUUCCAUGACCAUGACACAAUCACACAAGUUGAGUACACUCUUCUGGGUCUUAUGGCAUGCGAAGGUUUGAGGGAGAUGGGGAGGUUGACUAUUAUAUAGCUAGUGGGCGGUCUGGAGAGUGAGUCAAAACUUGAUUUGACUUACUAGCAGAGUCCCUCUGCCUACCAGAAUGACUUGUUCAUAAUACGCAGCUUGAUCCUGUCUGUAGGUCUGAAAAGAAUUUACGUUUAAUGCUUGCGAGGGUAGGUUUCAGGUUCUGAAAAUUCAAAGGUCGGAUGGGAACCAACCCUUGCCACUGGGUGCUGCCUGUUUAUUUAUUUAUGUAUUUUAGCGAUAUGCCCUCGUUUUUUGUUUUUUGGGCCACCUCAAAAGUGAUAUUUUUGUACUCUUAAAUUACACAGUUAAAACCAGUUACUGCAAAUGUGACGAGUGACGACUUGUGUUCUCA